AUGAAGCCCGUCGUCAGUGCUAUGCAAGCAUGGUCUUGCACCGUCAUCUCCUUCUUCGCCAUCAUCAUCCUGACCGUCCUCGCCGCUCUAUAUCGCUCCGGCCACGAGGAGCUCGUCGGAGGUGUCGACGAUCCCGCUGAUGGAAAGGCCGUCUCUGGCACAGUCUUUACUGCCGUCUUUGUCUACAUCGGUUUCUUCGUAUUUUGCGGUCUGCAGGGAAUGUUGCACGUUCGAGAGAGCCGAAGGGGUGCUAUUUCUUUGUAA